AUCCUCCAUAGCCAAACCAUCACCCCAAGAGAAACACAAGCAAUAUUAGUUAGCUUCCCAUCAGAGAAAGAUAGCAGAAAUCCAAAGCCAAAUGGCUUCACCCUCUUCCCUCUGUCUCCUCACUGCUCUUCUUGCGUUGGUCUCAUGGCAGACCAUUGCAUCUGACCCUAGCCCUCUGCAGGACUUCUGUGUUGCUGAUGAACACUCGCCUGUGCUUGUCAAUGGAUUUGCUUGCCUGGACCCAAAGCACGUGAACGCGGACCACUUCUUUAAAGCAGCCAUGCUUGACACUCCUAGGAAAACAAACAAGGUUGGAUCUAACGUCACACUGAUCAAUGUCAUGCAGAUCCCUGGCCUCAACACGCUCGGCAUCUCAAUUGCACGCAUUGAUUAUGCGCCUUUGGGACAAAACCCACCGCAUACUCACCCCCGUGCUACCGAGAUCCUCACGGUGCUUGAGGGAACACUCUACGUUGGCUUCGUCACAUCCAACCCAAAUAACACGCUAUUCUCAAAGGUCCUUAAGAAAGGUGAUGUCUUUGUAUUCCCCGUGGGGCUCAUCCACUUCCAAUUUAACCCUAACCCCCACCAGCCCGCGGUUGCAAUUGCUGCUCUUAGCAGCCAAAACCCUGGUGCCAUCACCAUUGCAAAUGCGGUUUUCGGGUCAAAGCCACCAAUCUCAGAUGAAGUUUUGGCAAAGGCAUUUCAGGUUGAGAAGGGCACCAUAGACUGGCUCCAGGCUCAGUUCUGGGAGAACAAUCACUACUAAAUAUAAACUGAGUAUGUUUGUUGGCAUACCGUGAAUCAGUUAUGUGCUAUAACAUAUAAAAUAAAUUUGUAUUUCUAGACAACUUAAUUAUGUGUGCUUGCAAACAACCCAACAACACAGUUUUUUGUUGGGAAAUGGCUAUGUAUGUUCUUCUCAUGUGAUAUUCCCUCUAAUAAAGUAAAGCAUUGGUAUUAUUUUGCCUUUGUUUUGAUG